AUGUUUUUAAAAAUUUCUAUAAUUCUUUGCCUUAUUAAUAUUAUAAUUUCAUUAAAUAAUGUAUUUGGAUGGAGUAAAGAAAAGACAUAUGAUCAAAUAGUUUAUGAUUUUAAAGUAGCUUUUCCCAGAGAAAUGCAAGAAUUUAGAAAUAAUUUGUCGAUACAUGAACUUGAUAUUCUUCAUAAAAUUGAAUCAGAAAAAAGAAAAUAUAAAAAUGUUGAAGAAUUAACAGAAACCAUUAAAAGUGCCUCUCCAGUAUUUCAAUCGAAAUUUAAAAAACUUUAUUCAGAUUUACAGCAAAAAAUAAAUUUAUUAUCGGUUGAAUCUCUAAGUUUUAUUUACGACAUAGGAGGAAAAGUUCAACAUUUAAUUGAUUCACAAAUUGUUUUUUCUAAAAUACAACCAAGUAGUGAGUUGAAAAAUGAAUACAUUUUGAAAUAUAAAAAGUUAUCACAAGAAACAAAAAAUAAUUUACAAAAAGUUUUGCCAAUGUAUGAUCAUUUAUAUAAAUUAAUGUUGAAAUCAAAUUGA